AUGGAGAUGGCGAGCGCGAGGAGGAGGGCGAGGCAGGUCAGCGGGGACCACGUCGUGCUGCUGAGCGCCUGCGUCGUCCUCAUCUCUGUUACUCUACUCCUCGCUGCCGCCGUGUCUUCGGGCUUCGGGGCCGCGGGAGUCGCCGGGGAGAUCAAAGUCGUCGUGAGGACGACCAGCGCCCCGGCAGCCGUCGAGGACGUCGACGGCGGCCGCAGGUACUGCGGCGAGGAUGACCGCGACAGCAUGUUCGUCGACGGCGAGUGGGUGCGCGACGAGGCCGAGCUGAGGUAUCCGCUGUACCAGUCGAGGGACUGCCCGUUCAUCGACGUGGGGUUCCGGUGCGGCGAGAACGGCCGGCCGGACGACGGGUACGCCCGGUGGACGUGGCGGCCAAGGCGCUGCACGCUCCCAAGAUUCGAUGCCAAGAAGCUCCUGGAGGUGCUCCGGAACCGCCGGCUGGUGUUCGUGGGCGACUCGAUCGGGCGCAACCAGUGGGAGUCGAUGUUGUGCAUGCUUUCCUCUGUCGUCCCCGAUGCCGAGGCCUCGGUGCGCGAGGAGAACGGGAGCCCCAUCACCAAGCACAAGGGCUACCUGUCCUUCAGGUUCCUCCACCAUAACCUCACCGUGGAGCACUACCGGUCGCCGUACCUUGUCCGGCGCGGCAGCCGCCCCCGCCGCGCGCCCCGGCAUGUGCGGUCGGUUCUCCAGCUCGGCUCCAUGGACGCCAGGGCUCCCUUGUGGAAGGGCGCUGACGUCCUCGUCUUUAACUCUGGCCACUGGUGGAACCAGGACCGGUUUCAGCAACUGCAAUGCUACUUUCAGGAAGGCAAGAAGCUGAGGCUGGACAUGAGCGUGGAGGCCGCCUACCAGAGAGCCAUGGACACUGUAUACCAGUGGGUUCAGAAGGAAGUGGACGCAAGCAAGACCCUGGCCAUCUUCAGAACAUACUCACCUGCGCAUACUAGGGCCACAAAUGGCGGGAGCUGCGCCAUGGAGACGCUGCCGGAGCUGAACAGGACGAAGGUCUCGCUAGAACGGUGGCCGGGAACGCUGCAGCCGGUGUUUGGAGGACUGGACUCUGAGGCGGCGUCGGACCUGCGUGUGAUGAACGUGACACUAAUGACGGCACAGAGAAGAGACGGUCACCCAGCGGUGUAUAAUGUGAAGCCGUCGGCGAGGGUGUCGGUUGGGCAGAGGGCGGACUGCAGUCACUGGUGCCUGCCUGGCGUGCCGGACGCUUGGAACGAGCUCCUCUAUGCAAUGAUUCUUACAAGAUAUGUUUGA